AUGCAAUUUCAUUUUAUUUCAAGUGCUGCAUCAGCUUGUUCAGGUCUAUUGCCUAUUGUUAAAGAAGAACCAUUACUGAGAAAGGCAGAAAUUGCAUUAGCGCAAGGCUAUGAAAAAAGCAAAUAUGUAGUUGAUUUAGCUUUAAAAUCUUCUUUUCAAAUUUCAAUACCGGUUACUGAACGUCUUUAUCAUCUUCUUAAUCCAUAUGUUAUUACACAUGAUAAUUAUUUAAAUUUACUUCGUGAAGCAGAUUUAAAUUUUGAUACUGUCUCUCCAAAAAUAUUUAUUGAUGCAAUUUUAACAACAAUUGAUACAAUAAAUCUACUUGUGAAAUUAUCUUCAUUUUUUGAACAGUCAUUUAAUAAGAAUGGUAUAUUGGACUUAUUAAAAUAUGAGACUGUAAAAACAGUUGAAAGAUGUGAAAUUUUUAAAAAAUUGUCCACUAAUUAA